ACAAAGUAUUUUUUUAAGGAAAUCAAUUAUCUCCAACCGAAGACUAUGAAAAAAACUGUAAAAAAUUAAUAGAAAAUUUUAAGAAUAUAAUAUGGAUGACAUACAGGCGAAAUUUUUUUCCUUUAUUACAUAACACAAAAGACCAUAAAAUAUAAAAUUACAUUAGUGACACAGGUUGGGGUUGUAUGGUGAGAGUGGGUCAAAUGGCCUUAGCAGAAGGUUUAAGACAUCAUUUAUAAUAAAAAGGAAUAUAUGAUAAUAAAAGAAUAAUAUAAGCCUUCCUCGAUAACGAUUUUGGUGAUGAUAAUAUAGCCCCUUAUUCAAUAUAAAAAAUAUGUAAAAUUGCUUAUAAAGAAUUUUAACUUGUUCCUGGAUAAUGGUAUAGCCCUGUUAGAAUUUGUCAUGUUUUAAGCUUAUUACAUAAUGAUAAGAAACAAAUAUUAGACUGUGAAGAUUUAAAGGUGGGAGUUUUUUCUACUGAUAGACCAAUUAUUAUAGCAGAUAUGAUUAAAAAAAUAAAUCCUGGAGUUUAAAAUGCAUGCGAGGAAACCAAUUGUUAAUUUAUUAAAAAUUAAAAAGACUAAAAGAUCGUAUGUUAAUAACAUAAUUAAUCUAUUUUUUCUUUACUUG